GAAUUGUCCCUGUUCCAUUUCCAAAUCCGGUUUUCCUAGCCCUGUACCCGGCUGACAUGUCAGCGUCGUCCCCGCCCUGUGCCUGUUGCCUUCUGUACUAUCCGUGAAAGCUCAAACAACUGUUGCGAAUGAGAGCUAUCUGUAGGUGACAAAAGAGAUUGUACGCAAGUGUAAGCUGUACUAGGGGGUCCUGCCGUACGUGAGAUAAGAAGAACCAUGUGGAAUAAAACUACACUGAUGAGUUACACCCUAGCAGCCCUGGUCGGCACCAUUCUGUCCCUAGUUGCAAUUAACAGAGAACUCCAACAGAACCAGUGUAUCAGACAGUGCAGACACACUUCACAACCCAGAGAUGACAUCCCUGAAGACUACAUAGGCGCACGGUGGGAGGAGUCAGAUGACCAUGACGUUAAAAUGGAGGAGUACAUUCCCGUGGUCAAACCUUUCACGGGAUUCCAUAAAGCCGAGGCUGACAAUUUCAGAGCCAGUCUGAUUGAGGAGACGCGCAGUUUGGACGACAUGUUCGUCACACAACAGAACAUCAAGCGGGGCCAGGCCGUCCACUUCGCCGAGACCAUGAUGUGGUCUCUGCAGACGGAAACAGUAGACAUCCCCGACUUCGUCCAUAGCAUGCUUCCCAGGGAAACCGGCCUGAAACCAGCACAGUUCAGGACCUGCAGCGUGGUGGGAAACGGCGGCAUUCUGACUGACAGCAGAUGUGGACGGCAGAUAGACUCUUCGGACUUCAUAACCAGGAGCAACUUUUCUCCAGUUGGGGGACAGUUCGCAGGGGAUGUCGGGAGCAAGACUGACUUCAUCACUGUCAACCCAUCAGUUUUCGCCUUCUACAACAACUUGAUCAAAGAAGAAGACCAGGGCAAGUUUUUAGACGACCUGGCGAAGUAUGGCAAACCUCUCAUGUACACACACCCAUUCCGGCUUCGCAACCAGGCAAUGGUUUGUCUGCAGGCCAUCUCUGCCAUGAAGAAAGCAGGCCGCAUGGACCAGGUCCGGGCGUCCCAUCCAGACUUCCUGAGGUCUGUGGAGACCUUCUGGAAGGGGCGUGGCCUAAAGGCGCUCAGAUCCACCACAGGUCUGCUCUUGUUGUCAGUUUCCCUGUCCCUGUGUGAGCAGGUCACACUGUACGGCUUCUGGCCCUUCAACUCCUACAACGACCAGCCGGUCAACUACCACUACUUCGACCGACCGAUAAUUGGAACGUGGGAAUUCAAAGACAAGUGGCUGGAACGAGAGCUGGUUCAGCAUGGACCUCUUCAUAACUUUACGGAGGAGUUUUUAUUCCUGAACCGUCUUCACGACAGGGGAGUGAUAAACCUGCACGUGGGGCCCUGUAGUUAGUCCUUGGGUCAUGAAUAUAAGUGUACAAUGUGCGAUACAGUAGUUUUAGUAGUAUAAACAUAUGUAUAACUUGUACUUCAAAGUAUUA